AUGUCAACUGUCUCGAGCACCAAUCAGGAGUUCUUUCCUAUACUGGCAAACAUUUAUCCAUGGGCCUCUACAGACGGGACUGGACCCCAAUUCAGUUCCAUCGACCAAACCAUGGGGUUCAAUGAGAUGGUUGCGGCAGCUAUGGACACUGCGUCAUUCGGAUCAGGUGGUUUUGAGAUUCAUCACCUUCUCAAAGCACGGCAACCUACCACCGCGGUGAGACUCGAACUUGGGCGCGUAGAUGGAUUUAGGAGUGUCCAAUUGGCCUGGCUUCGUGAAGGGUGCAACAAUGGUGGUGACUUUGACCUUACAGAUGCCUACGACCACGAAGUGGUGUGUCUUCCGCAAUACAGUAGUAUAUUCGUGGCUGCUGCAGAGGUAGGAGGAGGAGAAGCUUGUCUUGAACUAUCAACAACAGCAUCAGCAGAAUCUCUAAACACGGCAGUAGAAACCGGGAGAUACCAGAAUAGUUGCAGUAUACCACCAAUCAAUGCAAUGGUAGAACUUCCAAGCGGAGUGACACUGUGGGAAGUGCAGGUUGGUAGGACAGAACGAAACGGAAUAUUCAAUGGGCUUUCGCUAAAGGAGAAUUAUUUCGCCAGGGUGUGGCUAACAGUGAAACCGAGCGACUGUUAG